AUGCUCACACAGGCUUCAGUGAACCGUUUACCUGCGCUUGCUUCGGUGGAUGAGCAGCUGAGUCUCUUUGCAGACCAGGCUGCCUCUUGGCGCCUAGACGCCCUGGAAGCCCAGCAGCGCCUGGGCGCCUUGGAGCAGAGCUCAGCCGAGGCGGAGCGGGAGACGCUGGAGGCACAUGCCAGGGUCUCGCAAUUGGAGGUAGAGCUUGCUCAUUGGAAGGACCGCGCCUUGCUGGCAGAGGCCGCCAAAAGUAGCUGCACCGAGCAGGUGGCAACGCUUGAAUCGCAGCAUUCCAGAGAGAGGCGCUUGGCCUUUGACUCCCUGGAAAGGGAGCGUCGGCAUUCAGGCAAGCUGCAAGAGAAGGUGAAGACAUUGGAGAAAGAAUCGCUUCGAAAAGAUGAAGCACUGGACGAUGCACAGCAUCAACUGCAGGAGUUGCAGAACUUGGUGCAGCAAUUGGAGAUCAAGGUGACCAUCCAUGAAGCUGAAAAGAAAGAAGUUGAAGAAGAGAUGAGGUCCAGACAAGAGGUGAUGGACGCCGAAGAGAUCAAGCAACAGAUCACCAUGCGGGCCGCUUCGGCCAAGGAGGUGGUCUUUGCCAAUCUCUUGGAGGUCCGCGGUGCAACAAGCCCCACACCAGCACCUGUAGCAGCGGAGUCUGUGGAAAAUCCGCAGCCCAUGAAAGUGGUCAUGGACGGUGAAUUUCUGAAGCGCGAGGGCGAUGUAGGAAGUUUGGAGCUGCCAGCCACAUUGAAAUGCAAUCCUUUGGAGCAUGUGCUGGUGAUUAACUUGGAAGGGAAACGUGGCGAACGCCGAAGGGAACACAUCAAGCGGGAAUUUGCUCAAGCCAACUUGACCCAAUACCACUUCUGGAGCGCAGUCGAUGCAUUGACAGACCAGCGGUUGGCCAAGGAAACGGGGAAGAUGCAAUGUCCAUGCGACUCGCGGCUGUCCAACUCCUUGAGUCAUCGGGAAAUCUAUGAGAUGAUGUUGUAUGAGCGAUGGCCUUGCGCGACGAUUUUUGAAGACGAUGUGCGUUUGGCACCGAACUUCACGUUGAGAGUGUCCGAAACUGUUGGAAGCCUCCCACCUUUCGACGUUAUCCUUUGGGGCUACUGUCCACGAGGAGGGAAACCACGAAACUUUGAGAAGGAGACUGGAAGGUGGCCGUUGACCUUGUCAUACGGACACCCAGGUUCUUGCCUCCAUGGCUAUACAAUUAGCUUGCAAGGCGCCUUCACCUUUUCUCAGGGUGCGAGCCCUGUGAGGGUCCCAGCAGAUGGAGUCAUGGAUGGCAUGAAACAUUGGGACCCCUGGGUGCGGCCACAUAUCCAGAAAGCCAAGGGAAAAGUCACGGGAUCCUAUUGGUAUUCCACUCCCAUGGUGGCCGUUGCUGGGCAUGAGCUGGAAUUCGUUGAUUUUUGUGGAACCACCAACUGCAAGAGUGCGGUGAAUUUUUAUUGUGGGAGAUUGCGGGGGGGUCUAUUAGAGGAGACACUAUUCUUGGCGCUUCAUCAUGAUGAGGUUCAGGCAGCCGACGCAGAUGCUUUGGAAGGACAAGUGGCAGACAGCUCACCGCUUUGGCCAACAGUAACAGCAGCCGCCAAAGAACUCUUGGAAGCCACACGUCGGCACGAAGAAGAGCUGCGGCAGAGGGAAGCAGUUUUGGAGGAGGGUUUCGUUGCCGAAAAAGAAAGGCUGCUGGAAGAUUGCAGGCAGCAGAUGCAAGAAGAACGAUCAGAGCUCCUGAAUCGCGUGAAGGCUAGGGAGGAACGCGUAAGUGCCCAGAUCUCCAAGUGCCAGAGGAAGAGUGAAGUGGAGUUGGAGCGUCGCUUGGCGUUAAUCUCGGCACAAGAGAAGAGCGCCCAGGAAACACUGCGGCAGCGACAGCAGAUUGAGCAGCAGGCUCACGAGAUCCAACAGCUGCAGCAACAGCUGAAGUCGGAGAGCGGAACGCACAGGUUGAAGGAUGCUUCCGACACCAAGUGGCGUAGACAGGUUGAUGAAAUGCGGUUCCGCAGUACCAUCCAAUGUUCUGUGGAUCCCAGCGGGUCGAAUUCCAAUUUGCCUCGCGGAAUCGCUAGGUCCUGCGUGGGCGAGCGCACCAUCAGGGGUGAAAGGAUCGAGGCUUUGGCCCUGCACGCCGUGGAAGCGGCGCGUCCCGGGUUGGAGACUUCGGCUGCCUUGACGGCAUGGCCUGGGCCCCCAAAGUGCCAGGAUAUCAAGAAGGCCCUAAGCAAGUUCGUGACGUUCCUUUCCUUUCGCCUGGCAGAUGCGGCCAGGAGCUGCGAAUGUCUCAGUGCCUUUGAGAAAUCACAGGAGCAGCCUGGGGACCGAAAGUGCCGCGAUAUCAAAGGCACCGCAACUUCUGAGGAGCUGAAAGAGUGGGGAGUCACUGAGAGUGAAGGAUGGUGCUAUUGUUGGGACCAUCUCUUUCCAUCCGACGGCUGCGGGGAAGUGGAGGAAGUCAAAGGUCAGGCGAAAAUGUUCCGUUCCUUUCGCCUGGCUGCCGACACGAGCCCGGGAGGAUGGAAAGGCACGAGCUGCAAAUGUCUCCGUGCCUCGGAGAAAGCGGAGCGGCGCUCGGGGGUGGUGGAGGCGGCGGCGGUGCGCUUCUGCGCACAGGUCGUGGAGAAGGUCUACGGAUCCAUCGUGUUCGAUUUAGAUCACAUGCAGAGCUACCUCCGGAAGGAUUUGAAGGUGACCCCGCAGCUCUGCCAGGAGAUCCUGACGGGGACCUUGGACGAUGUCGGCAGCCCUCAAAGCCAAGCUCUCUUCCAUGAAGCCAAUGGGCUUUCGAAGCACAAUGGGACCAAGGGAAUGGGUCGCCUAGACCCCUUGGUCACAGGAAGGUUCACAGCUUCCAUGGAGCACCAGUUGCUGCAGCACGUUUGUCGGGAUGAGUGCGAGCAGAUCGUGGACGAGACCCUGGAGAACAUCUGGAAGAUGACCGAUGAUGUCUGGAAGGAUGCCACGCCUUUUGAGGAGACCUGCGCCGACAGAGUCGUGCGCAAAGUGGAGGCCGAGAUGUUAGGCUGUUGUGGUCGUUCCUGUGGAUAG